AUGCAGUGGGCGCGGUAUGUGUGCUUCUUGCUUGCGCCAUGUGCGCUCGCCGCGGCAGCGGAUUCGCAAGUGCCCAGUAGCAUGGCACCCGUGACGAAACCGACUACCUUGAGCAACGGACAGCCGGCGUGUGUGCAAUUCGGAGACUGCACGACAAAAACAGGCGAGUCAAUCAAAACAGAGAUGCAGAACUCGCCCGUGACUAAGCCAGCGCCGCAUAGCGUGCCAGACAUUACGGACAAGUCUGCGUCCGCGGCGUACGCCAGCUCGCUCGCGCACGCCGCGGGCAGCAAAGGGUUUGCCGCGAACCCACAAUCGGGCAACUCGACGCCUGUGCCGCCGCCGACGACUGUGCUGACCUCGAUUGCGACACAGACGAAAGGGGCGGAUGGCAAAGAGACGCCGACGACUGUGAUAGCGGAUGCGGCGGUGCGCCUUGCAGCGCAAUCGCUGCCCGCUUCGCUUGUGCCGCUGUGCCUCGCGCUGGCACUUGCCAUUGCGGGCGGUGCAUUUGCACUCUGA